AUGUUUGUCAAGGCUAGCCUCAUCGCUCUCGCCCUUGCCGUGUCUACCAGUGCCACCCCCGUCUUCGAGGGACUUGGCGCUAGCGUCCCAUUUGGGAAGCGCGACGGGAUGACCACCGCCGAUGGCUGGUUCGACCACCCUCGUGCGGUACAACAAGUUGUCAAGGAUCACAACAAACACAGACAGAACAUGAUCAACCUCGAGCGCAACAUGGGCAAGCAGGCCUUCAAUGACGGUGCGAAGAUCAUGCCCAUGGCAAACUACUCUGCUCCUCCCGAAAAGCGUCAGGCCGAGAAGCUCACUGACGAGAACAACGACGAGUACUGGGCGGGCCCCAUUACAAUCGGGACGCCCGGCAAGGCCUUCCUCAUCGACUUCGACACCGGUUCUUCGGACCUUUGGGUCCCGUCGGUGAACUGCACGAGCACCUACUGCAGCACAAAGAGCAAGUACAAUGCGUCGUCGUCGUCCACCAGCGUCCCCAAGAGCGGCACCUUCUCCAUCCAGUACGGCGACGGCUCGACCGUCUCUGGGCCCGUCUACGCCGAGACUGUCUCUGUCGCUGGUAUCACCGUCAAAAAUCAGGUGUUCUCACCUGUCACCACCAUCUCGCCCAGCUUCGGCUCGGAGGCGGACGACGGACUCCUGGGUCUCGCGUUCCCUGCCAUCUCCAACCUCCGCCAAAGCCCGUUCUUCAAUACCGCUAAGACCCAGGGCGCAGUUAAGACCGGCGUGUUCGGGAUGAAGCUGGCCAAGACCGGCUCCGAGCUCUACCUCGGCGGCACCGACACCUCGCUCUACACGGGCUCGCCCGAGUACCACACCGUCACCGGGUCUGGCUUCUGGCAGAUCUCGAGCGGCAGCAUCGUGAUCGGGAACCAGACGAUCGUGUCGAACUUCCAGACGAUUAUCGAUUCCGGCACUACCAUCAUCUACGGGCCGCCGAAGAUGGUCGCAGCGUUCUACAAGUCGAUCAACGGGUCGCAAGUGUACGACUCGCAGAACGGGUUCUACUCGUUUCCGUGCAAGAGUGUGCCGUCGACGGUCGGGUUCAACUGGGGUGGAAAGACGUGGACGAUCUCUGCGGCGAACUUCAACUACGGGAAGGUCAGCGCGACGAUGUGCGUUGGUGCGAUCGCGGGCCAGGACCUUGGGCUCGGAUCGAGCACCUGGUUGUUGGGCGACAGCUUCAUGAAGAACGUGUACACUGCGUUCUCGUUCGACUCGAACUCCGUCGGCUUCGCCCCGCUGAAGUAAAAAUAUCAGAGCACCAUAUCCCUACAUUAUACCCCAUAUUUAUCUCAUGCAAUCCUUGAUACCC